AUGUCCGAGAAGAAGCCUGCGACUCUCCCCAACCUGGGCAAGGUUCUCGUCAUCGGCGGCAAUGGCUUCCUGGGCCACCACGUCGUCAACCAGCUCCUCGCCGGCGACCGCUGGGCUGUUGCGGCUGUCGACGUGAUCGACCUCCGCUGCGGCCACAACCGCCACCCCAAAGCCAACUACCACGAGGCCGACAUCACCGACACCGACAAGAUGAAGUCCAUCCUCGAGAACGUCAAGCCCGACGUCGUCAUCCACACCGCCUCCCCCGCCGUCCAGGGCGACAGCGCCGUCGCCAAGGACCUCUUCCGCAAGGUCAACGUCGACGGCACCGCCUCCGUCGUCGCCGCGUGCCAGGCCGCCUCCGUCAAGGCCCUCGUCUACACCUCCUCCGCCAGCAUCAUCAGCGACAACACAAACGACCUCAUCAACGCCGACGAGCGGUGGCCCGUCAUCCGCGGCGAGCUACAGACCGAGUACUACUCCGAGACCAAGGCCGCCGCAGAAGAACUGGUUCUCAACGCGAACCGCCAAGACCCCUACCCCCUCGUCACAUGCUCCAUCCGCCCGGCGGGCAUCUUCGGCGAGGGCGACACAAUGGUCACCCACCAGAUGGUCAAGAUCUACCGCGAGGGCAAGACGGGCGUCCAGCUCGGCGAUAAUGACAACCUCUUCGACUUCACCUACGUCGGCAACGUCGCCCACGCCCACCUGCUGGCGGCGCGCCUCCUCCUCGCCACCGCCGCGGCCUCCACCGCGCCCCUCGACCACGAAAAGGUCGACGGCGAGGCCUUCCUCGUCACCAACGACAGCCCCAUCUACUUCUGGGACUUUGCGCGCGCCAUCUGGCGCGCCGCGGGAUCCGACAAGGGCACAAGCCACGUCUGGGCCAUCCCCCGCGAGAUCGGCGUCGUCCUGGGCUUCUGCUCCGAGGUCUUCUUCUCCAUCAUCGGCAAGCCCCCCAUCUUCAACCGCCAGCGCAACAUCUACAGUUGCAUGACGCGCUACUACAACAUCGGCAAGGCCAAGCGCCUGCUCGGCUACCGCCCCAUCGUCGGCCUCGACGACGGCAUCAAGAGAGGCGUGCAGUGGUUCCUGGACCAGGAGAAGGCCGGCAAGGUCAGUGUCAAGUCAUGA